CUAAAAAUCUAAAAAUCUAAAAAUCAUGACGCCUAUAUUAUUGCUGUUUAAGUUAAUGCUUAAAAACAAAAAAGCUUGGUGUCCACGUGCUGCAAAAAAAUCAUUUAAGUUGACCUAAGCUUCAAAUAGAAAAAUUAAGUACAGCGUCUGUGUCAUUUUUAACGAAAUAUGACUGAAUACGUCACACCAAAUAUACACACAGUUUUGAAGAAAUAUCAAAACACUGCACCUAAAAGUCUGCAAGGUCCUGGUCAUACAUUGGUUGCGACAGCAGCUGAUGGGCUGUGUCAAACUGGUUCAAAAUGUUCCCUGGAUGCGGCUAUAAAUCGUGGAGGAGUUAAUGUAAACAGUGUUGAUUUAAUAUCCAGCGGCAAUAUUUCAGUUGCGACGCGUACACUUAAUUCUUGUUUAGCAGCUAGUAUCAAUUGUCAUUCUACAAGCAGUGGUGUGGAUAGCCUUUGUGAUGACGUACCCAGUGGUAUUGUUGAUGGUAAGCUAGCAGGAUCGGUAGCUGUAUCGAAACCCAUCGCACCAGUAAUUAAGAAAGAGAUUAUAUCUCCUGAAUUAUCUGAGCAUGUAUUAUCAUCACAAACAUCGACAACACCAAUUAAAAUUGUUCCUCCCCCGCCGCCAGAACUUUCACAACCGGUACUGUCAGCAGCUGAUUCAGGGUCCGUUGAACUCUAUGAGACGCGAUUAGAGGGCAAAACUAUUGGGUGUUUUUCGUUGGGUGGAGAAAUGCGUCUGUGCCUUCCACAAUUUCUUAACAAUGUGCUAGCCGAAUUUACCCUCGAUCAAAUAAAUCGUAUAUUUGAUGAAUUGGGCAUAUUUUGUUCGCAAUGUACACCAGAUCAAUUGAUCGAAUUCAAAGCAGCAAAAAUCUUACCAUCUGAUGUCAAGGCUAGCGGUUUAAUAACACGCACUGAUGCUGAGCGUCUAUGUUCUGCAUUAUUGCAUCGAUCGGACUGUAAUAGUUAUAUUAAUGUUGACGAUAUACCUAAAGGAUCAAUUUCAUUUAAAGUUUAUCAUCGUUGCUUCGGAAAAUGUGAAGGUAUUUGUACUCCGGAUAUGUACUCCUUCAAGCAGCAAACCUGUAUUAUGUGCUUAGAAUGUAAAGGCUGGUUUUCUCCGCAAAAAUUUGUUGGACAUGUGCAUCGAAAAAUGGAAAAUCGCACAUGUCAUUGGGGUUUCGAUUCACGUAAUUGGCAUGAUUAUUUACACAUAGCGUUCGACGUCGAAAAUCGCGAUAAAUAUAGGAAAAUAUUGGAUGAGCUUAAAGAAAUCGAAGUAAAGGAAGCAUUGAACGGCCAACGUGAAAUAAAUUAUAUGAAAAGAAAGGCCGACGUUUUUGCAGAUGAAACAUUGUUUGCACAUUCAAUGGGACAAUUAAUGCCGGGUGUACAACCAUCAUCGAACUUACACGUUAUAAGAAAUAAUCAAUGUGGUGAUUUGCGUGACAUUCCAACAAAAAAAUCCAAACAUAUUGAUGAAGCGUCAGUAGUUCAGCUCGAGUAUCAACGUUACCAUACCUUUAUGUACGCACAUUGUGCUCAACAGCAACGAUUGGGGCAAAUGUCAGCUUUUAGGCCAUGGGCAUCUUCAAAAUUUUUAAAUACUGUUUCAUAUAAUGCAGCUGCAGUAGCAUUAUCUACUCUGCCAUAUUUAAGUCAAGAGCCACCAGUUUUACAAAACCCAGAGCGUGUUGUUCGCAAUACAGAUCGUGGUCGCUUUGAGCGUACGUAUCAACCUAAUGUUGCGUUAGCUCCUCGUAAAAUCACAUUGACUAAAGACCGAGAAAAAGAACAGCGAGAGUUGAAAGAAUAUGAGAGAGAAAAAGAAAAACAGAGAGACCGAGAAAUAGAGCGAAUGGAACAUGAGCGAGAACAAGAUAUGGGACCUGUUAAAGAUUGUUUUGUGGAACAAGAUCAUCAAAAAGAAGUCGACCAUGAUAUACGUUCUCGAUAUAAGAAACAAUACGCUCAAAUCGAAAAAGAAAUAAAAAACCAUCAGCAACAUCAUAAUACAGCAGCAAACUUUUGCGAAACUGAAGUACACAUAAAACAAGAACGUGCCAAUACACCAACAGAAGCAUCUGAACCCCAAACACCUAAUAAUAUUGCACUUGAAGGAGAUUUAUUGGAUAUACGUACCAAUGGACCAAUAAAUGAAGAAGUAACAAUUCCAAUGAUCUCUUCAAUAUCAUUAAGUACAAACCCACUUCAUUCUAAAAAUCAUAUGGAUUUAUUGAUGUAUCGACGACCUUCAUUACAUACUUCAAAUUCUUCGACCUGUUCAAAUUCAUCAUCUACCGAUUCGAUAUCAUCACCCCAGCAGCAGAUGUUGCAUUCACAUUUUACUGUACCAGUACAACAGCAACAGCAACAACAGCAACAACAACAACAACGGCACGUGAAUCAUGCGUCUAUGCAAUUUGUACAUGUUAGGCGAUUGUCUUGCUCACCCACAUCAAGUCAUACUCGUAGUCCCGAAGAAUUUUCCAGUUCAAAUGAAAUAACGUCAUCUACUUCCCCAGCGCUUUGCAACACAAAAAUGAUUGAACAUACUGAAUAUUCGCAACAACAAGAUAAUAUACAUCCAUCACAAGUUGAUACAGAGCCAUCGCAAACAAUUAUAUCGACUGUGAAUCAACACAAAAAACUACUGCCAACUUCAGUGUCAGCAACAUUAAGUGGGAACAGUAUUAGUUGUAACAACAAUAACAGCAGUAUUUGCAACGAAAUGCCAAAUCGUAUUCGAAUAAGUAAGAAUUUAAUAAGUCAACCAAAUAUAAUAAGAUCACCAACACCACCAAUUCCACCACCUCCGAAAAGUUUUCCUCAACAAAACCAACAACAAUAUAAUCAACGAUCACAACAAAAUCAAUUUCAACAAAAGCCACAGCAGCAAUGCGAAUAUUUCAAACACAAUCAGUCAGAAAACGACCACCAUGCCUCAUUUUCAAUUAAGAAAUCAUGUGAACAACAAGAGCAACAGUCUUCCAAAAAUGCUGGGCUUAAUCUUAGCAUUAAUUCGUCAAAUUGCAUAUUUCAACAGCAUGCAGACCUUUUACAUAACCAACAAAAUGGUUCAACGCAUAUUGGUAGUGAGUUGGAGUUAUCGACAGACACUGACGAUGAGAGCCUUAACGGAGAUUUGGAUAGUAUCAAUGUGUUGGUUCCAUGGGAACUAGCAGCUGAAGCGUUACGUGACACGCGUCCCAAAGAUCGUGAAUGUAUACUUAAACUACUGCAAAAACUGUUUCAUGAAAAUCAACGACACCGUUUUAACAGUGUUCAACUCAAUAAUAUACUGCAAAAGAGAGAUGCGCACAUCCGCGAAUUGCGGGAACAAUUACAACAAUGUCGAAGACAAUUGGAGGCGUACAGAUUACAGCAGCAAAAUGGCAAAAUUGUUACAAAUGUUGCAAGCAGUGAUACCGAUGAAGUUCAGUCGGCUCUCAAUUUUAAGCGUGAACAAAAACUCUCUGAUAAAAUAGCAACAGAAACAACAACACAGCAAUCGGUAAUAUCCCUAAGUAAGACACAAUUCAAUACGCAACCUCAACAACAACAGCAAGAAAAACUAAACCACAGUAGUGAAACCCAUGUUGUUAACCAUAACAGAGGCAUGGUACACGAGGAAAGUGUACAAGAAGUGGAUGUGAGCACAACAAAUUUAGACAUUUUAAGAAUGAAAGAUUAUAACAAAGUUAUAAAUAGAAAUGUCACAUCAAAUAUUGAUGUAGAUCCAGAUAAUAUAGAUAGUUCUAGCUCAGAUGAAUAUAACAAUAAAAAUCAUCAACAGGACCAUGUUGAAAAUUACGGCAGCAAAGCAAACGAAGCUUAUGUCGAUGUCAUAGUAUCAAAUCUAAAUGCCAUACAGCAGACUGAAUCCUUUCAUACGAAAGACAGCGCUGACAAUGAUUACGAAAGGAACAAAAUUGACGAGGAGAAUAGCCAAAAGUGUUUAAAAAUUCUACAUAGUACUGAAAUGGAAGCAGCUCCUACAUCGGUAGAACCCAAUAUACUGGACUCAACCACAACUACAACUGCAGGUCAGUUGUUCAAAAACAGCUGUAAUAGUGAUAAUAUAUUUUUACAAAAAACCCAAAUGUCCGCAUCGAGAGUACUGUCGAAUAUGUGUGCAGAUGCUGAAGGCAACGAAAUUAUACACGGAAACACACAGAGUAAACAAAGUAAACAAGUAGAUAAUAUUAAUAUUAAUAAAAGUAGCAAAGAGAUCUUUUAUAACAAUAACAGUAACAGUAACAGUAAUAGUAACAGUAAAGAUAGUAGUGAAAAUAAUACUUAUAACAAAAAUCGUCACGAUAAAAAAAAUAAAAAUAAGAUUAAGGAAAGAAACCGAGAUAAAUGCAAAGAGAAACAUAGGCAUAGGGAACGUAACAAAGACAUAAAUAAUUGUAGACAUAGACACAAAUAUAAGGGAAAAGAUAGAGACAGCGAGUUAAGCAGAGAAAAAAAGAUGCGAAAGGAGCAUAUUGAUAAGAUAAUGACUUCAAGAAACAUACCUAUGGCAAGAGCAACAGCUAAAGCCGUACCAAAAAUUGCAACAAAAUUCAACAAGAAACUAACAACGAAUUGCGAUAUACAAAUCAAAACAGAAAAUUAUUAAAUUCAUAGCUUAACUGUAAGUUAGUAAACGCAUACAUUACAUUACAUUAAUGGAAAGUUAAUUACAAGUGCAAGUACUUGAGUAUUGUAUUUUAAUACCUUGUUAAUACUAAAGCUUUUGAUCUCUAUCUUUUAUUUCAAUAAUUAGAUAACCCAUUUAUUUUAUUAUAUUUGAUAUGUGUGUGCGGCUUUUAGUAGUUUAUUGUAUUUGGUAUGGCAUGCUAAAGCUUUUUAAGUUCUCCAUAAAUAAAUGUCCCUUAUGCUUU